AUGGAUACAUGGCUCACACCAAAACCCCUAGCUACCACCUUCCCGGACCUCUUCUCGCACUCCAUCCUACAACUAGUUAAAGUAGCUAACAUUUUGCGCUUCGGUAUCGAAGCCAACCUUCGUAAUCGUCUCUCUCUAACAGCAGAACGAGAGCUUGCUUCGCUUUUGGCUGUUUUGCAGGACUUCACGCCGUCGACUGAGGAAGAUCAACGAUUCCUACUCCAGGGGCAUGACUUCUCCACCAAGCAAGCAUACGGCACAUUCAUGACCAAGCCAGACACGGAUCUCAUUGCCCCCCUCAUCUGGGGCACCAAGGCUCCUCGCAAGAUCAAGAUUUUUGCUUGGCUUCUUUUCAAAGAUCGCCUCAACACUGGAGUGAACCUAGCCCAGAAGCAUAUAAUCUCCUCCAACCUAUGCCCUCGCUGUGCUACAUCACCUGAAGACUCCACUCACAUCUUCAUCACAUGUCCUCUUGCCAAUAGGAUUUGGCAACGAGUAGGCUUCCUGCCCUCGUCUGACGAUCUCAAUGAGCUUUGGGACACCCCGCUGCCUCAACACCUACCCAAGAAUGCUUGGUCCUUCGUCCUCCUCGCUCUACUCUAG